CGUUGGCUGCUACUGAACCGUUUGGCUCUUUUCUCUACUAGCGAGCAAACCUACAAUCUAGACCCAACUGUCCAUCCAGCUCAUUUUUAAGGGGAUUUAUCAUUAUAUAUGCCCGUGUAUCCAAAACACAUCGGUCAUUGGGGAUUCCUAGCACCGGUUGGCCGGGUCUGAAGGCCGUUAUAACGCUUUUUCGAGGUUUAAUUAGAGCUAGAAAACAACGGUGGUGGAGGAGGAGGAGAUUCCAUAUUAGGAGCACAGAGGAGAAGGCACCCCCCUUGUGUGAUUUGGAGCUUUUGGUUCUGAGCCCAUGGUACAAGGCCCUGACUGAACAUACUGGUGGCGAAACAGACUUACUACUGUGGCUAGGUGUGUGCGUGCUGACCUCAUGGUGUAACAGGAGUAAAGAUGAGCAUUAGCAGUGAUGAGGUCAACUUCCUGGUCUACAGAUACCUACAGGAGUCAGGGUUCUCCCACUCAGCGUUUACUUUUGGUAUAGAGAGUCACAUCAGCCAGUCCAAUAUCAAUGGUGCUCUGGUUCCCCCUGCUGCCCUCAUCAGCAUCAUCCAGAAGGGCCUGCAGUACGUCGAGGCUGAAGUCAGCAUCAAUGAGGACGGCACGUUAUUCGAUGGGCGGCCCAUUGAGUCCCUGUCCCUGAUUGAUGCUGUGAUGCCAGACGUGGUUCAGACGAGGCAGCAGGCCUACCGAGACAAAAUGGCCCAGCAGCAGGCUGCUGCUUCAGCACCGACAUCGGCCACUGGAGGCAGCAUCGCUGGCAACACCAAGAAUGGAGAGAAUACUGCCAACGGGGAGGAGAACGGAGCCCAUGCCUUAGCUAACAACCAUGCAGACCUGAUGGAGGUGGAUGGAGAUGUGGAGAUACCUCAGAACAAGGCCAUGGUCCUGAGGGGCCACGAGUCAGAGGUCUUCAUCUGUGCCUGGAACCCAGUCAGUGAUCUGCUGGCAUCGGGGUCUGGUGAUUCAACAGCUCGUAUCUGGAACCUGAGUGAAAACAGUACAAGCAGCUCUACACAGUUGGUCCUGAGACACUGCAUAAGAGAGGGAGGGCAGGACGUCCCCAGCAACAAAGACGUCACCUCGCUAGACUGGAAUAGUGAGGGCACACUGUUAGCAACAGGCUCCUAUGACGGCUUUGCCAGAAUAUGGACGAAGGACGGGAACCUAGCCAGCACACUUGGCCAACACAAAGGUCCCAUCUUUGCCCUAAAGUGGAAUAAAAAAGGCAAUUUUAUCCUGAGUGCAGGAGUAGACAAGACAACAAUCAUAUGGGAUGCCCAUACAGGAGAAGCCAAACAACAGUUUCCCUUCCAUUCAGCUCCAGCACUAGACGUGGACUGGCAGAGCAACAAUACGUUCGCCUCCUGUAGUACAGACAUGUGCAUCCAUGUCUGUAAACUGGGACAGGACAGACCCAUUAAAACAUUCCAGGGACACACAAAUGAAGUUAAUGCAAUCAAGUGGGAUCCCACAGGGAACCUGCUAGCCUCCUGCUCAGACGACAUGACGUUGAAGAUUUGGAGUAUGAAGCAGGACUCGUGUGUUCAUGACUUGCAAGCCCACAGUAAAGAAAUCUACACCAUCAAAUGGAGUCCAACCGGCCCUGGAACCAACAAUCCCAGUGCUAACCUCAUGCUAGCCAGUGCAUCGUUUGACUCCACAGUUCGUCUUUGGGACGUGGAGAGAGGCAUCUGUAUCCAUACGCUGACUAAACAUCAGGAGCCAGUCUACAGCGUGGCGUUCAGCCCUGAUGGUCGGCAUCUGGCCAGUGGCUCUUUUGACAAAUGUGUACACAUCUGGAAUACACAGACGGGCGCUUUAGUCCACAGUUACAGAGGGACGGGGGGAAUCUUUGAGGUUUGCUGGAAUGCAGCAGGGGACAAAGUGGGAGCCAGCGCAUCAGACGGAUCUGUGUGUGUACUAGACCUUCGGAAAUAGUGCUGCUGUUUGUUGGAAGCCAUGGACCGACCAUGAAUGUGUACAUAGCCAAAUGACUGUCCCUGCCUGCCCUGCGUACUGCUCACGCUUAUGACUAUGGCCCCGCCCACCGACAGACAGGAAGCAGGAAACAGGAACAGGAAGCAAGCACCCGACACAGCAGGUCCAGACACAGGGAUGAACAGAUGGACGGACAGACAGACAGACAGAUGGAUAAACGGGCAGAUGGAAGCGCCCCUCUCUAUCUGUGCAGACUCUUACAGAGAUGCAGAAGGGACGCAGUGAAAAAGAAAAAACUGAUAGACAAAAAAAAAAAAAAAAAAAAAAAGUUACAGAUCCGUAUAUGUACCAAAAUUUGGAAGCUAUUUUGCUUUUUUGAUCUUUAAACCAUGCUCAUCGUCAUGAAAAUGAAAAACAAUGAAAAAAGUGUUGAUCUUUGUUACUAGUUGGAUCUCAUUGUGCAGACAUAUCAACUUCUCCACCAUAAAAUAGGAUGGCACUUAGUUUUUUUAAAUUUCAGAUCUCUUGUUUCAAUGUUUUUAUAUUUUUUAUCUUUCCGGGAGGGGACAGGGGCCGGUCAGGUCAGAGUUUUAUUAAUUGGAGAAGUACAUGCAUACAAACACAGUCGGACACGCACACCAAACAGUUCUCAAAAACAGUGUCCUCAUCAAACCAAUGUGGCAAAUCUAAAGGCUUUUUUCUCUCCUGUAUUUCAGUCGUGGUUUCUGCAGCUGCAAGUGGCUCACACGGUUAACCUCAAAAUGCAGUAGUUCAAGUGUUGUCUUCUCCAGAGGACAAACUCUGGAUUCCCCUUGUAUAUCCACCUGGCCACAUGACACAGACGCUGUAUAUCCAGACACUUUAAAAACAGCUCCUGUGUGCACUAUUGGAUCUAGAUGGUCUCACCCACAGUUCUCCUCUCAUAACAGUUACCUGGCUUAAAACAUAAAGGUUCAAUUGGCAAGAAGCUGACCUCCACUUGUCUGAAUGUUCAAGGCUGUUUUUAGUAAUGCAACAGUAAAUCAGGUCCCAUCUCUCAUUACAUACUGUCCUCAGCCAGUAGGACUCCAUUACUUCUUUUUACCUGUACAAAACAGAGUUUAUGCAUCUGUGAGACUCCAAGCAUUUCUAAUGUGAUUCACACUCGGAGGCUUCAAAUCAGCAAACACAUGAUGUCCUGACAUGUGGUGGUGAAAAAACAGAAGUGUUUUUCAAUGUUUAGAAUUUGCAGAUUGUCAGAGGUAGAUGUUCUGGAGGCCAAGAUAAUUUAAACCUAGCGACUAAAACUACAGAGGGCAGAGCCAAGGAAAAAACCUGUUGAGUAAAUAAUAUCAUGACUGUAGAGCUCAGCUCUGUUGCUGCAUUCCCAUGAAGACAGUAGAAUAUUACUCUCUGUUCAUUUUGGAGUGUUUACACCUUAUUCCAGUACCUUCACUGAGCUCUUCUUCCUACCUCUGCUAAGAAGUUACAGGGUUUGUUUGGUUUGUUUGUCAGCUCUAAAGACUACUGGCCCAAAACCAAGAACAAACAGGCUGUAGUUUGCUUUUAAUUAGCUGAAUGGUUAGAGUAGAAUGGGAUUAUUUACAUGAGACUGGCAGCAGUGGUGGCUUUGCAGUCAUUUAUAAAUGAGUUUGACAUUUAAAUGAGAGUUUGUGGUUUUUAUCAAGCUGUCAGAAACACCUGAUAUCUCAGAUCCUGAAUUUAUGUAGUCGUCUAAACAUACCGAAAUGAACACAGCACUGAAAUUCAGUCAAGCUGUGUAUGGAAACAAUCCCGCAUUCGUACUCUAUAUAACAAACACUAAAUAGUUCACUCUGUAGUGACAUUACAGCAAGGUUUUUGGACACGUCAUCAGUGACAGGUGUUGUGUCCCACGACUGUAAUUUUUGUAUUUUUGUUGUUUGUUUUUUUUUAUGAUUUUUUUUUAAAGCACUGUACAGAGCAUUCAGAUAGUCGGAUAAAAUGAUGCACUAUUUCAGGAGUGAUUUGGAACACGGCCUGGCUGUAUUUAGCAAGCCAGCUUAAUCAGGUCCAACCUCUUGAUGGCCACACCUGCCUGAGGUAGUGACAUCGCCUAUUUUUCAGUCUGCUACUUCCCUGGUCAUGAAUGAAUGGUAAAAUGCUCAAUUUCCUUUAAAUUGUAUUUAAACUAAAAUUGAGUCUUUACCAUGUAGAUUUGUCAGUUUGCUAACUCUUCCACAGAGGGGAAACUCCCAGCCUGAUCUCAUCCCCAGGUCAUCAAAUACAGAGGCCUUGUUACGCUCCCCAGCGUGAUAUCAACACCAAAGGCACCCUUUAGUGUCUCUCUGAGACGCACCAGGUUUUCAGCUAACUCUACUGUAAACCCAUCUGUGGCAGUAGCUGACGCUGAGAGUCACUGCUGCAGUAAAAAGAGUGAGAAAGUCCACGAUGGGUGGAGGGGAGCAGUCAAACAAAACAAGACUUUAACCAGGAGAACAGAGUUUGCAUCUGAUGAGAAACCAAAAGUUAAUGUUGUAAAGUGACAUUACGUAAUUCAUGUGUAGUUGUCACACACUGACAUCACUCAAAUGACAUAUUUAGGUCAUGUUAUGUUACGUCAUGUAACAGAUUUACUUAUUUUAAUCAGAAGCUAACAGUAGUUUUAUUGCCUUAACCGAACCUAACCUAGCAUAAAUUGCGUGUGACAAUGUGUCAUGUAGACACUCUAAAGGGUUGCUGUGUGUUGCUAUGAGACACUGAGGGGUGUUAAAAGUGAGAUCAGAAAAGAGAUUGGUUUUUAACUUGUGUUCCUUGGCUCUGCCCUGAUGAAGGUUUAUGUCAAACACUGUUGACUCAUACUGGCUAAUACUAGCUCACUACUCACAGUUAAGCUUAAAAGCUGAUCCAACAUUAAAGUAAGAUGUGGACAUUUUCAUUUUUGUCUGCUUUUAUUAGCAUUUGAAGACAAAUCAGACAUGAAGAGGUCAAAUUUGAAGUUUUUUAUCUACAACAGCGUUGGUGAAUUGAAAACAGUAAAAUGUUGAGUUCAGUUCAUCUGUCCUCUCACUGUUGCUCUUGGGUCAUCACCACCAGAACUCUGCUCACAUUUCCCUCGGAGGUUCCUUACUGACUAAACGUUUUAUACUCUUUUAAAGACAAAUUUAAAGUUACAUUUUUGUAAUUUCUUUGUAGAUUUGAAAAAAAUGUGAAUUGAUGAUUUAUUGGCAGUGUUAAUUUACAUGUUCUAUAAAUUUGAAAGAUUUUUUUUUUUGUUUUGUUACUUUGAUGCUAUUGCAAAUAGUAAAGGUUGACCCUGUAAUGUAAGGCUCACUGAGCUGAGCUGUCAUUCUGAAGGCACCUUGCUGGGGAACACUUUGUCCCCCGGAGCAAAUCACCACUAAAUUUGUCUAUGUUUUAAUAAAGAAAUGUUUUACUUUUU